AGUCUGAACUGUCGAACUGACUCAUUGAAACUCACGAAAAGUUUCAUGAUUAUAUUUGCAUUUUAGCCGAAAUACAAUUUGCACGUAAACAAAAAUACAAACAUACACAACUUAAAGCUUUCAAGGAGCUUUUUGCCCAACAUUUUCGUUAUUAUAAAAGUGGCGCAAUCGAAAGAGCUUUUUGCCAAUCACAGAGUUCGUCUUCAAGCUAGAGUCAGCUGUGUUGGAUCCGUAGCUUGCGUACUGCAAAAUAAGUAAAUAAAUAAAGAAAAACAUGGAAAAAGAUAAUGCGGAAACUAAAAAGGAGGAAGAAGUCGCCACAAUCACGUCCAAGACAAAAGUCUUGGCUAUUGGAGACGAGGAUGAGGAAUACCCCAAAAACAAGCAGCUGCCAGCAAAAUACAACAUGAAUUUUUUGCGGGAAGAUUUCAGAAAACAUUUGUGUCUUUUAUUAACUGGAAAUCGAACACCAAUCGACGUUGUCGAAGAUUGGAACGCGGUUGGAAGAUUUGGAGCGGCGAGCAUUAAGGAGGAUAAUCAACCCAGGCGCUAUCAUUUUUCUUGUGGGCGCGGUAACAGUUUUUCGACUGGUGAGAUUAUUUCUGGGCCCGUUUUGAACGCAGCGGAAGCUCUGAAUCUAGUUAAGAAUCGACUGAAAACGGAAAAUUGGAUAUCAUCGAAUGUCAUAGAAACACCUCUGAAGACAAAAGUGAGUCGUCCCGAUAACCCAUUCUACGGCUCCGAUCAAUAUAUUCAAGGAAUUGUUUCGGAUGCUCUUGAUGCUGAAAAGGUAAAGCUCAUUAAAUUCUUGCGAUACUUACACAGAGAAUCUAUUCGCAAGUAACAAGACUAUUCGAGCAUACCCUGUAAAUACGUAACUGAACUUUCAGGCAGUGCAGGCGCUGCCCUUACUCUGCUUUGCAGUAUUGUAAAUAGUUUCUUUGACAUAUGAAGUAAUUUUAAGUUAUUUUUUAAAUUCUAAUUACUUUAAUAAAGUAUUUUGUAUUUUUUUUUUAACAAA